AUGAAUCGUGUCCGCCCGCACGAGAGCGCCUGCAACUCGUCAGCCCCAUCUAGAGCCCACACAGACCACAAAAUCCCACAGGAAUCCGGGGUGUCCUCCCCUCGCCUGCCCCAGUGGGGCUGUUCCCGCUAUCAUCACCGCACGCUCCGGCACCCAACAGGGAACAGCCAGGACCCCAUCCCAGCGGGAAGCCACGGGCGGAUCCUGGCUCGUGGCCACGGCAAAGCGGUGCCAAACAAGCGCAAAGGACCCCGGCAAGGAUCGGAGCGGCUCAUCCUCGCGCAGCAGAUCCCAGCAACGUGCCGGCGGGACAGAUGGUGCCGGGAAGGCCUCGCUGAGCGGGCGCCGUCUCCGCAGGACGAGGACGGCGCCGUGCGGGCGCUCUCGGUGCUCGUCAACGUGGCCGACCAGCUGUACUACCCGUGCGAGCACGUGGCGUGGGCCGCCGACGCCGGCGUGCUGCGCGGCAGCUCGCACGCCUGGUGGGUGCUCAGCACCGCGCUCUGGGCGCUCUCCCUGCUGCUGGGCCUGCUGCGAUCGCUGCGAGUUCUGCUGCAGCUGAGACGGAGCCCGAGGCAGCGCGCGGGGUACAGCCGCUCGCCUUCGCCGCAAAAGCAAAUGAGAGCCCAGGUGAAGGCUGAAGUCCUGAGCAUCAUUGGCAGGCUGGCAGAUCUCUGCAACGCCAUCCACUGGCUGCCCCCAGGGUUUCUGUGGGCCGGCCGGUUUCCUCCGUGGUUAGUCGGUCUGUUUGGGACCAUAUCUUCCCUGAUUAGUAUCUACCAGGCAUCUGCAGGGAGAAAUUCCGGGGCUGAGUGAUCCAUAGGCUUCAGGAAUCCAUUUUCUACAUGG